CGUUUGUGGAGGAGGUCUCGUGCGCGCUUCUCUUUAGGAUUUUUUUCACAGUGCUUUCAAUCAUACCUCCCUUUCGGAUGUGUGCGUGCGUGUGUGGUGCGCACUUGUUUGACAACAAGGCGUCCUUGUGACGGUGUACUAGGCUGCGGUGCCUUCUCGGCGUUGCUUGAACCGCCGGGCACGGACGACGACGGGGUGGGUGUCUUGUGAUGUAGGGUGGUGUGAUGCUGUAACGGUGCCAGCACCGCCGUGUAGACUCCUUUUUUGAAGGGAGAAGCUUUCGUUGCAGCCGCCAGGCCAGCCACACGGAUUGACAGUUUUCGCGUUUGCUGUCGCCGUCGCUCGCCGGCCGUAUGCGGGUGUGCGCUCUGCCUUCGUCCUGGCCGAAAAUAAUGUACCGUUCAACACACUACUAGUGCACAUGCGUGUGCCUACAACGGGCCCUAUUGUGCUCUCCCUCAUCGGUUUUAUCGUCUGAUGCAGUGCCUAAUCGGAUCGGUGUGUGUGCGUGUCUACAGCCAGUGAAGGAUUCUUUCAUCCUCCCGGUUGUUCCAUCCAUCGAAUCGAAGAAGAUUGAAAAUCCAAUUAAAACAAAGUGAAUUUCGAUUCCGAUCUGGAAGACGGAUUCCCUUGAGUCUAGAAUAUUUGCCGGAAUAAGUGUCCAUUCGAUUAGGUUUGUUCGACGGCGAGUGGGUAGUCAAUUAUUGUCAACGAAAAUUUUACGUCUGGUCGACACCAAUACUAACCUUAACGUUUGAAACAGAAAAAUAAUCAAUAACUCGCAUGUUUUGGUUAAAAUUGGAAACCAAAUCAUAAAACCGAUCGUUUCGUUCGGCAACAGCUGAAGCAGUACUAUACAAUUGAGGUGGAUUUUUUUUACAGUGUACAUAUUUUUAUCGUGUGAUGAAAAAUCCGGAAAAGGUGUGUUAUCAGUGACAUUGUUGGGUCAUUUGUCUGUGCGAAGAUCCAUUAGUGAAAGGAAAAAGUUUAUCUCAGUGAGCCACUACUGUUUUGUUCGGUAAUCAAAGUUGGCCGAAAAUGUCGAUAUUUCUAUGCAAACCGAGGCUGAAAUUGGCUAUUUUUACGUCAAAUUAUGUUACCGAAGAAGUUAGUGUAAUCGAAGUGAAAUGAUUGGCAUUGUUCCUCCGGUUGUGCAGUGCAGUUGUUCGAACCGAACCAAUUGGGAUCUGCUAUUGCAGUGAGGCUGAGGACUGUUCGCAUAAUCAAAACGGAAGCUGGAGUGGUCUGUGAAAUGAUACGCCGAAAGAUGCGACAUUUGGUGGUGCAGUGGGCGACAUUCUAGCAGUGAUACCAUCGUAGCUUACGUACCCUGUGACAGUUUUGCAUUUGGUAGAAACAGUUGGAUUACGCUGUGAAGCAGAAACUCAGUGAAGAGCGAACGGAGAUUUGACUGUGCAAAAUUAACUUUGCAAAAAGGCGGAGAAUCAAACCGGAGAAGGAGAUCCAGCGUUUUGGGAAUAAUUUCCGAUUCACGUUUUUUUUCGUUCGCUACCUUCUUUUCCGAUCGCCAAGAGACGUUCCAUGGAAAAGCCCAAAGCUGGCGGUGGUGAUUUAACGGGCGAACAGUAUCUGAUGCCAACCUAGCUCGUUUUCCCCCCUCACUCAGAUACGCCCAGUGGAUGAUAGUUGUUGCAUAAGAAAAGAGUGCAAAGUGUAAGUGCGAAAGAGAGUUUCAAUUUACGACAGCCGUCGGCUGCGUCGGUCGAAUUAAAAUAUUUUCGUGUUAAGUUGAGGUUGAUUUCGGAGCAACCGACGAAAGUGGGGAUCGGACCGCGGGUCCUCGGCAUCCGACCGCUUCGACCGUAGUAAGUGUGCUUGAAGAAAAAUAAUAAAGAAGAAGGACCGUAUAAUGGAUACGAUGACCUUCGACGAUGAACCGCCGCCCGAACCGCGGGACGGUUGGCUUUUGGUGCGGAUCUUUGUGCCGGAGCUGAACGUCUACAAGUGUCUCCAGUUUCCCUCGGACAAGGUCGUAUGGGACGUGAAGCAGCAGUGCUUGGCUUCGCUACCGAAGGAAUUAAAGGAAAGCUUCAACUAUGGGCUGUUCUGUCCCCCAUCCAACGGAAAAGCAGGCAAAUUUCUCGAUGAAGAGCGAAGACUGGGAGAUUACCCGUUUAAUGGACCCGUCGGCUACCUUGAGCUCAAAUACAAGCGCCGGGUCUACAAGAUGCUGAAUCUGGACGAGCGACAGCUGAAAGCCCUGCACACCCGGGCCAACCUGCGGCGCUUCCUGGAGUGCAUCAACGGGGGUCACGUGGAGAAGAUCGCCAAAAUGUGUGCCAAAGGACUCGAUCCGAACUUCCACUGUCAGGAGACGGGCGAAACGCCACUCACCAUCGCCACCGGAACGAAGAAGCCAAACAAACUGCUGAUCGCGCUGGUCAACGGUGGGGCCCUGCUCGACUACCGGACACGAGACGGGGCGACCGCACUGCACCGGGCCGUCGAGCGGGACAGUCUCGAAGCUGUGAGUACCCUGCUGGAGCUGGGCGCCUCACCCAACUAUCGCGAUACGAAGGGCCUAACACCGGUCUACCUCUCGGUUACUCGCAAAACCGACCCGAAAAUCUGCGAAAUUCUGCUUCACGAUCACGCAACCCUCGGCAUCCAGGAUAGCCAAGGCUGGCAGGAAGUGCACCAGGCUUGUCGGAACGGGUUAGUGCAUCACCUAGAGCACCUGCUGUUCUACGGUGCGGAUAUGGAUGGGCAGAACGCUUCCGGCAAUACGCCGCUGCAUGUUUGCGCUGUUAACAAUCAGGAGGCUUGCGCUAGAAUGCUUCUCUUUCGCGGUGCCAACCGAGGCGCACUAAACUAUGCCAAUCAGACACCGUACCAGGUCGCCGUCAUCGCAGGCAAUUUGGAACUGGCAGAGAUGAUACAAAACUACAAGUGCGAAGAUAUCGACAAGAGCCUCGGCGACACCAGCGACAUCAUCAGCGAUUCGUCCGGUGUUGGCACCAAUUCGGAUAGUGCAGCCUGCUCGAUCGGUCAUCCCAGCACGACCGUGGUCUGCAUGGAAGGCUACGAUGCGGGACUGUCCGGUCACAUCAACAUCCAGCCGGGUGACGUUAUUGAAGUGGUCGGUUCGACGGAUUGCGGCCUGCUGGAAGGAUUCGUCCGUGGGACGAAUAAAACCGGUUUCUUCCCUGCACACUGCGUGCAGGAGGUUCAGUUUCGGCAAAAAAGUAUUAUCAAUGUAUCGACCUCUACGCCCCAUCAUAUGUAUGUGAUUAGCACCGGAAACAGCGAGCUGCCGGAACAGCAGCAACAGCAGAACCAGCAGCAAUCCCAGCAGUACAACAGUCAAACAGCUCCCAGGACGAAAAAGGCUGUCACCGGUGAACCACGGAACGUGGUCCUGCACCGGGCAAAACGAGGCUUCGGUUUCAUUCUUCGCGGUGCCAAAGCGUCCUCCCCGCUGAUGCAGCUAAAACCGUCGCCUCGCUGUCCGGCUCUGCAGUACUUGGAUGACGUCGACCCGGGCGGUGUUGCCGACAUGGCCGGCCUGAAGCCGGGCGAUUUUCUACUUGCCAUUAACAACGAAGACGUCACGUGUGCCUCGCACGAGCACGUGGUCGACCUGAUUCGGAACUCCGGCUCGCUGGUUUCGAUGACGGUCAUCACGUUACCGCAGAACUUGGUCAAUUCAAUGAUGGAGAGUGCGAUGAGUGCCAGCGCCGGUAUCGGCGCCGGUGGCGGCGUUGGCGGUGGCGAUGGUAGCCAACAUUCCGGCUCCGGUAUGAGCACACCGGUUUCAUCUCGUCAGUGUUCGACGCUUCCGCGCCGGAUGAACGGUGGCGUGGCUGGACUGGCAGGUUGCAAACUGCCGGCUCCGAUGCCACCGCGACGCGAUCCAAAGACAACACUUAGUGUAGGACGAGCUCGUGCCAAAUCGAUGGUCGCCGGGCUGGAGGGAGGCGGCGAGAAGGAUGACGAUGAUUUGGGCAACCAGACCAAAUCCACUUCGGCCGAAUCGAUCCACCAGCAGUCCCAGUCGGCUAUCAGUACACCAACCCAGGGCGGACCGGGAACACCGAUACAGCCUCGAACGGCAAGUAUCAAAGCGCGGCCCACCUCUAGUCGAAUUACGGCUGCGGAACUGGAAGAAUUAUUCCAACGACAGCAGGGUGCGGAUGCAAAUCGUUGCUCAAUGCUGAUGUCCAGCUCUCGUUUCCAGUCUGGCUUUGAAAGUAGUGCCGCAACACCUCCCACCUCUCCACAGAAGGGACCAAUCGUGUAUGCCAGCGUCGCGGAAAUGAAACGUAAAAAGUCCUCCAAAAUCGGUACGCUAAAAGGUCGUCCCAUUCCAAUCCCGCAGGUCGGUUCCGAUUUGAAGCGUACCUUCCACAGCACACCGGACCUUGCCACGGCUGGAACCGUUUCGUCGGCAGGCAGUUCCGGAACGCUUACUCCCUCGUCCAGCUGGUUCAACACCGUCGGUCACAAGGGCCAUCGAUCUCAAGACGACGUCCACAGCCUACACAUGUCAAUGCAAAGACUGAAUCUCCCACCACCAAACCACCCGCCACCGCCGCCACCCAUCGGACAGGUUGUCAAGGUGGAAAUCUCCCGGGGUUCCGAGUACGAGUGUCUCACCGCACUGCAGAAACACAUCCAGCAGAAAGCCAAACAGCAGUCGAAAAUUCAGGACUCGGAGAUUAUGUCCAGCUUUAAGCCCGCCUCGAACGCCAAGCUGUACGCAUCCCCGCAGGAUAUUCGCAAUGUUGGCUAUCGGACCACCAGCGUCACCUCCAGCAGCAGUGGCAACAGCAGCAGCGGUAACAGCAGUACCGGAACAGAGGUUCGCAAAGCAUCAUCGCUGCGGUCCAACUCCAGCCUGGCAACAAGUGCAAACAACGUUACCACCGUUACCAUCGGCGGUGGUGGCGGAGGUGGUGGUAGUGGUGGCACUACCGCCGGUAUCGGUAGUGGCGGAAGCAACCCCUACGCUCAACCCGGUCGGCCAGCAAUGCAGCAAUUGGCCCAGCCUCAAACCCAACAGCAACAGCAGCAGCAGCAGUCGCAGCAGUACAAAUCACCUCCCCACAGUGCACCUCCACUACCUGAUCCGGAUUACAGUCUAAGCGAGUCGGACACGGAGGAAGACAACUCGGUUCGGUUGGUGCGCAAGAAAGUCAACGGAACGACGGGUGACAAUGCAGGGUCCGGUAAGGGAACCAAUGGAAGCGCCGGUAUCAAUCCGGGAAUGGCCGCUGAAACGAGCGGAAACAGCAAUACAAGUGGCAGCAGUUCCGGUUCCAGCUCAAUCCCUCACUCGUUCUCGGUGGAAGAAAUCCAGAAAAUCCGCACCAAGCUCAAAUCAUCCAAGUCAUACCCGAAUGAUUUUCUGCGACAGCAGAACCAAUCGGCUGAUCAAGCAGCUGGCAUGAACAACGAAGAUAACGGUGAUAAUAGCUCGUCCGGAGUCAGCAGCGACCAGGAGGUUACCGUUACUUGUAACGAGAUUCCGGCACCGAAUCCAAAGCCGACCGUAUCGGCUCUCGAUCCAAAAAAGGUCGGCUCACUGUUGGAACAGAAAAAGAUGGCAGUCAUGAUAACCUCGUCGGUGCCUCUGGUCCGCAGUGACGAAGACGAUGACGAGAGUCCCAGUCCACCGGCUACCGGUUUCCAGCGACACAAUUCCCUCACCCGGAAGCAGGCGGCCACCAUUGCGGCACAGCGUGCGAAAGCUAACCAGCAGAACAUCCAACAUCGGCACGCCGUUACGCUAGCAACACUGCCACCACCGAUCGAAGCCGACUCCGAUGAGGCCGAUUCUGGUGCACUACCGGGCGGGGAUGGCAGCGUUGGAGACGGAUCGGGUAUGGUGCUGCCACCUCCGGCUGAAUUUAGCGAUUCCGUUGGCGGAAUGGCUGGACCAGGACAUCCCCAACAGCAGCAGCAGCAACAGCACCACCAUCAUCAUCACCAGCACCAGCAUCAGCACUAUCCGCCAGCGGCGCUGAUCGGUGGCCACAAUCCAAACUGCAAACGUGUCCGCAUCGUCGGCGCCGUUCCGAAGGUCAAUCGACUAAAUAGUCAGUAAGUGAAAGGUUUUACACAACAUUCUACACAAGUAGUUAAAUCAACAUCGCAGCAACGUGCCCAAGGACACGGUUUAAAAGUAUCGAUUUAGAUAAGCUAAUAAUCGGGACUAAACUUUAUACUGGCCUAUUCUCUACAUCUCAGAGUUUCUCAAAAACAGCUUUUAUCGUUUUGAAGAGAAACCUAAGAACGAAAUAAACGAAUAUACCGGUGAAACAAAAACGUACGUGGUGGUGCCUUGAGUGCUUGGCCCAUUUUAUCCAGCGAUCCUUCUUCGGUCAAGCACCGCUGCACCACGCCCCCUGCUAAGCGACGAUCACAUUAAACGAGAAAGAAACACGCUCAAAUGGUUGCCCACUUUUCACCCACAGCCGUUGUAGCUAAAUCCUGAGCAGCUCGUGCAAUCUACCACCAAGUGCGAGAUCGUCGCCGAAAGCUCAAAUCUUUUGAGGCGAGAAGCGCGCCUUUCCCUUCCAAUAAGUAGCCAAAUCCGUAACAAAAAACCUACAAUCAAUGUUGUGGAAAGGAGUUCCCUCCAUCCUUCCUUGAGUUGUAUAGAUGUUUUGCCCCUCCCCCUGCCUAAGUAUCAUUGGUUGUAUUUUCUAGUGCGUGAAAAACGUUCUUUCAAGUUGUUCAUCGUAGAAAGUUAACAAAUGGCAAUCGAAUGGAACAAUCUGAGAAUUCGUUUUCGAUUUCGGUUCAAUGUUAGGUACUUUUUAGUUGAUCUUAAAUCAGUGUACAGUGAAGUUUCGUUUUAAUUUAGAUUAGUCAAAGUUCGGUGGGAUAAGUGAUUAUUAUAUUGCUCAGCACUUGAUUGUUUAACAGAGGAAAACCCGUAGGUAAAUGACGCACGUUAGCCGAAUUUGAUCUUUUGUAAUGUUCUGCUUCUUUCUGAAUACCUGUGCAUAUGAAUUAUUUCGAACUUUCUGUCUUUAAUUAAUUACAUUAAUUAACAAGUCAACAGAACAGUAGUAGCUAAUGAUAAGAUUCUUCAACAUCCACAUAUGAGAACAAUCCACAUUGGGAAAUUUUUGUUUAAAAAAGCACUCAUCCACUGGUUGUUAUAUUACUGUUGUAAAUUUUCUUCCCUUUGCACCAUUAGGCAGAUAAAAACUAGUUUGUAAUGACAAUUACGGUAGAGUGAUUAAGCGGAAGUAGAAGCAGAAGCGGAAUGGUCUCGAGAAAAAGACACUUUUUGUUGACUCCCCAGUUGUAGUUUGCAGUUUUUUACUCUUUGCAUAGUGGAAAGCUAAAAAUUCGUCACCUAUCUAAAAAGAAACAAACAAACAAACAAACAAAGUGUCGUCAUAAUAUUUAAUGCUAACGGAGUUUUAAAACAUUGCAAUUAUCUUGUCGUAUAAGCAACAUGCCCUACACACACAGACUCACUCACAGAAACACACACACACACUCACACAGAUAAGAAACAACAACAGCCAUUUAGUAUGAUUCGUAUGAAACGUAAGCGAAAUUUUACUAUUAAACAUAAUAAUAGAAAGAAAACGGUAAACUUAGAGAAAACAAAACGAAUAGAAAGCAAAUCUGUCCGUCAGUAAAAUGUGAAACAAAAAAAAAUCUAUUUUAAAAGCAAACAAUCCAAAUAGUUUUCACCGAAAGCACUCGAAAAAACCAUAUAGCCGAAUAUAAUCGCCGCAGUCCGAAUCCUAAACGAAAUGCAAAACGUAACACAAUGCAAUAGCCUUUUGUAGCAAGUUUAGCAACAAAAUAACACAUUGAACGAAUAUUAGACAAAACGACAGUAACCGCAUUUAGCAACUCAGCAACAGCAGCAGUCACACAGGCAUUUUAGUCAGCAUUAUAAACUCAACCCAUAAUCAAGAUAAUAAACGGUCACCACACGCAACGCAACAGUAUAGGAAAUCGAAAAAUAGGAUGAGAGUCAAAAACAAAGAAGACACAACCGUACUGAAUUAACUAACCCGCCCACAAACAAACGCAUACACACACACAUGCACCGACACACACACACGUACACACACCGAACACCCACAAACAUUCACAAACCAAUCGAUCGCUCUUGUUGUUGUCGUCGUCCCUCUGUUUUUGUGUACUCACAGUGAGUAGCGAGCAUAGUGGGCGAAAGAAAAAAACACACACACGAUCGGCAGAAGAGGAAAAUUGAAUUACAUAUAUUCAUUCACACAAUCUAAAAAAACAAGCAAAAUAUCUUGAUUCCGGCAAAGUAAUCUUCAGCAUGAUCGAUAAUAUGAUAUUACAACAGUAACUGCUAUUAUAGUGAUUAUAAUAAUAAUAAAACACACAAAC